AUGUCAAUGCUACCACCAUCCAUGCCAUCAUCAAUGACACGCAAUGAUACUCACCCAUCAGUGACCCAAAAAGAAGUUAAAGAGAAAGGAUUUUUUUUUUUUCCCGGGGAGUUUGAAUACGACUUGCGAGAGCAUUUGAUCAUGGCGGUGGUGGAAAAUGCGGAUGCUAACGUGGACAAUCGGGCCGACCCGGACGCGCCGCAAGAAGACGCCUCUAUUGAUCAUCUUCAUCAUUACCAUCAACACCAGCAGUCAACGAAGGCUUCCGUUAAUCAGAAGUCAAAGAAAACGUCCGACCAAAAUCUCCAUCUGAUGGUUCAGAAAAUAUCUUCUUCACAAUCCAACGAUCAGCCGUACAGUAUCAAUGGAAAUGGAGUGUCAAAGGCUAAUAUUACUGGCAGUAAUAACCAGGGUCAUCAGAAAAUGAAUGGUGAAGAUGAUGGCGGUGAGGGGUUUAAAAGAGAGAUGAGGGAUUUGGAGGAAAUGCUGUCAAAAUUGAACCCGAUGGCCCAGGAAUUUGUGCCACCGUCUGUUGGGGCGGCGUACCAUAGACUGGUGAUACCGCCGGCACAAGCCGCAGGGCAAUACGGUUAUAAUGCUAAUUUGUUUUUAAUUCAGCAGCAUGUCAACUCUGGAGUUCCAAAUGGAAAUUCUACUAGGAGGAAGAACAAUGGCUAUGGUCAUGGGAAGCGGAGGAUAAAUAGUCGAACAAGUAUGGCACAGAGAGAAGAGGUUAUUAGGAGGACUGUGUAUGUAUCUGAUAUUGAUCAUCAGGUUACUGAAGAGCAACUCGCAGCGCUCUUCAUUGGUUGCGGACAGGUUGUUGAUUGUCGUGUUUGUGGUGACCCUAACUCUGUACUUCGUUUUGCCUUCAUUGAAUUCACUGAUGAGGAAGGUGCAAGGAAUGCUUUGAGCUUGGCAGGAACUAUGCUUGGAUAUUAUCCAGUUAGAGUGCUGCCUUCAAAAACUGCGAUUGCACCUGUUAACCCUACGUUCUUGCCACGGUCUGAAGAUGAAAGGGAGAUGUGUGCAAGAACUAUUUACUGUACAAACGUUGACAAAAAGGUUACUCAAGCUGAUGUCAAACUCUUUUUUGAAUCCAUUUGUGGAGAGGUUCUGCGCUUGAGGUUGCUUGGUGAUUAUAAUCAUUCAACCCGUAUAGCUUUUGUGGAGUUCGUAAUGGCUGAGAGUGCAAUUGCAGCUCUGAACUGCAGCGGUGUAGUCCUAGGAUCGCUCCCAAUAAGGGUAAGCCCAUCAAAGACUCCUGUUCGACCUCGUGCACCUCGGCAAUUCUUGGACUGA